AUGUUGAAAAACAUCGAUCCGAUCCUGAGUCCCGAUCUGCUGCGGGUGCUCGCGGCCAUGGGGCAUGGCGACGACCUCGUCGUUGUCGACGCCAACUUCCCGGCGGAUUCCGUCGCGCGGCAGACGGUGGUGGGCAAGCUGGUGCGGCUCGACGGCGUCGAUGCGGUGCAGGCGGUCAGCGCCAUCCUCUCGGUGUUCCCGCUCGACAGUUUCGUCGAGGCGCCGGCCCGGCGUAUGGAAAUCGUCGGCGCGCCCGAUGAGAUCCCGGAGGUCCAGCAGGAGGUGCAGCGGGAGAUCGACGAUGCUGAGGGUCAGGCCCUGCCCAUGGCCUCCGUCGAGCGCUUCGCCUUCUACGAGGAGGCGAAAAAGGCCUAUGCCGUGGUCGCCACGACGGAGGGGCGGGCCUACGGCUGCUUCCUGCUGAAGAAAGGUGAGCCAGGCAUGGCGCGGCCCCUCGGUGAGGACGCCGCCCUUGCGGAUGUAGCUCAGAUCGUGGCGGCCAUCGGCGGUCUCCAUCAGAUAGCCAACCAUGUGAUGGGCCGCGAAGCCCAGGCAGGGCUCUGCGACCACCUCGUAGAGCAGGCCGUGGCCGUGAUCCUCCAAGACGCGCCAGGUAAGGGCGCCGGGGCAGCUCACCUGGAACUGGCCCAGGCGCCGGUCCAGCAGCCUGCGCAGGCUGCCCUCGCCGGGACCCUUGCCGUUCCAGGACCUCAGGGCGACGCGCUGCGUCCAACCAUCCAGGGAUUCGUCGCGCCGCAGCCAGAGGCGGGAUCUGCGGUCGCCCUCUUCUUCUAUGGAUUGUGCCAGGGUCCAGCCUUCGGGGGCAACGGCGGCCAGGGCGCUAAGCACCAGGGCCCAAAGGGUGAGGGCCUUCGGCAUCGACUUUCUCCGGACAGGCGAGUCCGGCAGGCGGCCGCGGAGGCCGCCCAGGGCACCAUGGCCAAUCCAACGCACCUCAGCCUGCGCAAAGCGAUCAUCGCGGCUUGUUUGAAGAUGAACGAGCUUGGCAUCAACCAGGGCACCUCCGGCAACAUCUCCGCCCGUAUCGAGGGCGGCUUCCUGAUCACGCCCUCCGGCAUCCCCUACGAGAAGAUGAAGCCCGAGCAGAUCGUCGAGAUGGACCUUGGCGGCGGCUACUUCGGCGACUAUCUGCCGUCGAGCGAAUGGCGGAUGCACUACGACAUCUACCUGAACAAGCCGGAAGCGGGGGCGGUGGUGCACACCCAUUCGAUCUACUGCACGGCGCUGGCCUCACUGCAGGAGCGCAUUCCGGCCUUCCACUACAUGAUCGGGGUCGCCGGCGGCACCAACAUCCGCUGCGCCGACUAUGCGACCUUCGGCACCCAGGAGCUUUCGGGCAACAUGCUGAAGGCGCUUCAGGGGCGCUCGGCCUGCCUGCUGGCGAACCACGGGAUGAUCUGCUUCGCCAAGGACCUCGACAAGACGUUGUGGUUGGCGGGCGAGGUGGAAACCCUGGCCCAGCAGUAUUGGAUCGCGCGCCAGAUGGGCAAGCCGAACAUCCUGAACAAGCGCGAGAUGACCAACGUCCUGGCGCGCUUCAAGAGCUACGGCAAGCAGAGCAAGGAUCUCGCCAAGGGCGAAGCCCUGGCCGUCGAACCCCCGCCGCGCCGCGACGCCCCAAAAGCCGCCAACGGCACCGCCAGACGCGGCGCCAAGAAAUCUGCCGGCAGGGCCAAGGUCGGCACGAGAACCAGCGGCAUGAUCACUGUCUUCGGCUCCCUGAGUGCCGACCUUGUCACCCAGGUGAAACACCUGCCGGCACCGGGAGAGACGGUGACCGGGCCGGCUUACACCGUGGUGCCUGGGGGCAAGGGGGCCAACCAGGCGCUGGCCGCGGCCCUGGCCGGUGCACCGGUGCGCUUUAUCGGCUCGGUCGGCAACGACGGCUUCCGCGAUCUUGCGCUUUCCGGUAUGCGCGCGGGCGGCGUCGACCUCAGCCUGGUUGCCGAAAGCCCGGAGCAGACCGCCUGCGCCUUCAUCGCCGUCGAUGCCGCCGGCGAGAACCUUAUCUUCGUCGCCAGUGGCGCCAACCUGGACAGCAGGGCCGCGCAGUUGGAUGCGGCCGGCCUCACCUCCGAUGACGUUCUCCUGCUGCAGAUGGAAAUCACCCAUGCGGAGAACUGGAAGGCGGUGGGCAUCGCCAAGGCGAAGGGCGCUCGGGUGGUGCUGAACCUCGCGCCCGCCGGUCCGAUCCCGGAGGAGACGCUGCGCCAGCUCGAUGUGCUGGUUGUCAACGAGACAGAGGCGGGCCAGCUCGGGGCGCAGCUCGGCAUCGCCGACACCGAUCCGGAGGCUGUCGCCGGCAAGAUCGCGGCGGACUUCGAUCUGGAUUGCAUCGUCACCCUGGGCGCGGCCGGCGCCCGGUCCUUCGGACCCUCCGGCCGCUUCUCGGUGCCGGCCCUGCCGACCGAAGUGGUCGACACUACGGCCGCCGGCGAUGCCUUUGUCGGCGCCUUCGCGGCUGCGCUCGAUCAGGGCCGGCCGAUGGAUCAGGCUCUGCGCCAGGGUGCGGUGGCCGGCAGCCUCGCCUGCCGCUCCGUCGGCGCCCAGCCCAGCCUGCCCAAGGGCAAGGAGAUCGCCGCCCAGCUUGCCGAGCUCACCUGA